AUGGAAAAAAAAAAAAAAAUUUUUCAACAAACAAAAGAAAACGCAACCAUUCGUAUUAAUUACGUGAGAAUAAAAAAAGUACCCGAUUACGUGGAUAACAAUUCGAAAUUGUUAACAUUUGGUACUGUCGUAACCGUUUCCGGUUUAAUUUACGGUGCUUGGUGGUAUAAUAAUUACAUAAAAACAAAACCCCCCAAAAAUUGGUUUAAAAUCGGUGAAAUAUCCGAACUUUGCAUUUAUCCAAUCAAAUCGUGCAAAGCGCUAAAACCGAAUUCCUUUGAUUGCACACCAUUGGGACCCCAAUAUGGAACCUUGAGAGACAGAAUAUUUGGAGUUUUCGAUGACAAUGGUAAAGUAAUUUCAGGGAAAGCAUAUCCGAGAUUAAGUCAAAUAAAUCCAAAAUUUACGGGUCCUGUCGUGACUUUAUCAUCUCCGGAUAUGACGACACAAGUUGAAUUUUCUUUAAAUGAUAUACGUGGGGGACCCAUCAAAACAAUCGACGUUUGUAUCGACAAGAUGAAAGGUUGGGAUUGUGGUGAAAAUGUCGCAAAAUGGUUAUCGAAAUGUAUAUUGAAAGAAGAAAAAGGUUUAAGGCUUUUUUAUUAUGCGUCACCGGAAAAACCUAAAAAAGUUAAUCCGAAAAUAACAAAAAUGACGGACAUAUCGAAUAUAUCAUUGACGGAUGAUGACGGAGGUUAUUUUUCAGAAUCAGUUUCAUAUCAUUUGAUAUCGGAUGCAUCGACGGAAUAUUUAAAUACGAGAUCGAAUGGCGAAGUCAUAUCAUCUUUAAAUUUUCGCCCUAAUUUUGUCGUGAAGGGUGAAAAAUUAUUACCCUUCGAAGAAGAUAAUUGGGAAUGGAUUAAAAUCGGUAAAGCCGUUUUUAAAAAUAUUUCACCUUGUACCAGAUGCAUAUUUACGACGGUUAAUCCUAAUACGGGUCAAAGGUCAAAAAGUAUGGAACCUCUAACUUCGAUGAAAAGGUACAGAAGUUUAAGAGAUCCUAGAAAACGUCAAGUCAUGCCUAGUCCUAGUAUGGGAAUUUAUUUGGGUUUCCGGUCGGAAUAUCCAAAAAUUAAAGUUUCCGUCGGUGAUUCCAUUUACGUACCGGAAACGUAA